CGCCGGGGUGGCCGCCGUCGCCGGGGACGCGCUGCAGGGGUGGGCGCCGCGGCGCGCCGAUGACUUCGAGAAGAUCGCCAAGAUUGGAUCAGGCACCUACAGCAAUGUGUACAAGGCACGUGAGACGACAGCAGGGGGCAGCAGCGGCAGCACAGAAGGCAAGGUGGUGGCGCUGAAGAAGGUCAGGUUCGACGCCGGUGAGGUGGAGAGCCUGCGCUUCAUGGCAAGGGAGAUCGCGGUGCUCCGCCGCCUCGGGCAUCACCGGAACAUCGUGCGCCUCGACGGCGUUGCCUGCUCGCGCGUGUCGCACGCACUCUACCUCAUGUUUGAGUACCUCGAUCAUGACCUCACCGGCGUCGUGUCUGCUCAUGGCGCUGCCUUCUCCUUGCCACAGGUAAAGUGCUACAUGAAGCAGCUUCUUGCAGGCCUUGAUCACUGUCACAGACACGGAGUCUUGCACCGCGACUUGAAGGGGUCUAAUCUAUUGCUGAAUAAUGAAGGGGAACUUAAGAUAGCUGAUUUUGGGUUGGCCUGUACUUUUGAUCCUAAAAGCAAGAAGCCCAUGACCAGCCAAGUUAUUACAUUGUGGUAUAGAGCGCCAGAACUGCUGCUUGGGGCUACUUGUUAUGGUGUUGGUGUUGAUCUUUGGAGUGCAGGGUGCAUACUUGCAGAGCUGCUUAUUGGAAAGCCUAUUUUGCCUGGAAGAACUGAGGUGGAACAACUACACAGAAUUUUCAAGCUGUGUGGGUCUCCAUCUGAGAAGUACUGGAAGAAAUUGAAGCUGCAGGGUGUCUCUGUUGUGAGGUCAUUGCAGCCCUACAAAUGUUGCAUUGCAGAAACCUUCAAGGAGGUUCCACCUUCAGCCGUAGCAUUACUUGAGAAGCUUCUUGCGAUCGACCCAGCUGAACGUGGCACAGCCAUGGAUGCUCUCAACAGUGAAUUCUUAACGACAGAGCCCUAUGCUUGUGAGCCAUCGAGUUUACCCAAAUAUCCUCCAACCAAAGAGAUGGAUAUUAGGUUGCUAGAUGAGAAGACGAGAAGGGAAAGGAUAACUGAAACCAGGGCUAGUGUUCAUGCCUACAGGUACAGAAGAGCAAGAGCCCAGAAUCAGCGAGGCCGUGCAGUUCCUGCCCCUGAAGCAAAUGCAGAGCUUCAAGUAAACCUGAAUAGAUGGAAGGGAACAAGACCUGGAAAUGCAGAGAGCAAGAGUGAGAAGUUCCCGCCGCCCCACGAAGAUGGAGCAAUGGGCGUCACCAUGAACCGCUGGUGCAGCGGCGCACAGUCCGUCGCGCCAUUGACGUCUUCUUCGACAUCCUUCACAUCGAAGGGCAUGUCCAUGGCAAGAUCAUCUUUUGGUGAUUCCGAAAGAAGGCGGCGGCGAUGAGAGGAUCAGAACGGCUUGGGGUAGGCAUUCAGGAAUCAGGAUAGGAUUGACAGCAGAAAAGGGGUUCAUGGCUUGUGUUGUUAGCAUCCAAACAAGACCUGUACAGGUUUUACUUGUGUGGUGAUUGGAAAACCGGUCAGUGGAAGAAUUACCACUUUGCAUUCAGAAUGUCUGAACUUCUGGUCAGACAAUUGCUUGAGUGGUAGAAUCAUUUUGCUCUGAAAUCUUCUGGGAAAGCGUCAGAGUUUAAGAGUUUACUGGCUUGUUUGGCAGAGGAAAACAGUGUGUGUGUCACUGUACUCCCUAGAGAUAUUAACAGCAAUGUUUUCUUGAGUUGAAAUCUUCUUUUCAGAUAACAGAAUAAAUAGACAUGGGACGGUAUU